GUUACAAAGACUUAUUCAAUCAUUUGUAGCAGCUCACAGAAGGAUAUCCGACAUAUCAUCUCGUCAAAGUGACCGACAGACAGAGACAGAGACGUCCUAACCAUGGCGUUUUGGGUGCAGACGGCUUUCCUGCUUAUCAACAUAAUAGCAUCAGCAGUAAGAGGGAGAGUGGAAAAAGAGCUGUCUCCAGAGUGCAGAGAAUUCCUCUACAUGGGAACACCACCGACAGGGCUGCAGCACCACUCCCUCCAGUUCAUUUGUCAACGUUACAACAAGAAGCCACGAUAUGUGACACUGUACAACACUGUGGACCGUAUACCUGUCUACUCUGCCUACACCUUCAAACGCUCAGAUGGGGAGAAAUGCGUGGAUGUGCCUUGGAUGUAUGAACCUCAGCUAUCCACAUUGUCUGAUACAGAUGAGAUGCAGCCCUUCCCACGUGGUUACAUGCACAUGAACUUUGAAGACACCCAAGCUGUUCUGGAUGACUAUACAAAUGCCAUCAUCUACGAACGGGGUACCCUCAACCCAGAUGAGCAUCAGGACGAGCCUGAAGACAAGGCCUCCACCUACACCCUCACUAAUGUCGUGCCCAUUGUGCCCGACUUCAACAACAGGGUCUGGAACAAACAGGAACACAUCAUCCGCAAACGGCUUAACAACUACUGCCAUGGAACAGCUUACAUUGUCACAGGUAUCACCACCUCAGGGAAGAUGAUCCGCCGGCAAAACAUCAAUCGCAUUGCAGUGCCCAUGUACUUGUGGUCAGCUUAUUGCUGCGUUGACUUCGACCACAACGCCCCUUACGACGAGCGCUAUAAGUUCCCCUCUUUUGCUCACUAUGGCCUCAAUGAGGAGGACAACAACGAGGUGGUGGAAAUCUCUGUCCAGAAGCUGAAGGAGUUCCUCAAGAAGACCACCUUUGUAGACCAGAACUUUCAGAUCUUUGUCAGUGACUGUGUCCCACCUGCAUCAAUUAAAAUCAAAUAAGCAAAUAUUUAGUGAUAAGGAAGCUAUGAGCCAUUGUACCUUAAUAAUCCUGAUCACGUUCUGUUUCUUCUUGUUCAAUAGACCUUUAUCACAGUAGAGUUUGACAUGUCAAGUAUGAAAAGCAUGGGUUUUACUAAAAGCAUUACCUACGGCUAUGUUCAAGUGUCCCAGUAAGCCAUGACAGAGAGCCAGCAUGCACAACACCAGGACCCUGAAACUGAAGAAUUCAACCAUGAUUCAUUUUAUCAUUUAUUCCUGUGCUUUUCUUCCUGUGAAAGAUCAAAAUAUCUUCUGUGACAAAGGUCUAUAGCAUAAAUCACAGAAACCAUGGACUUUGUAUCAGUAGUAACAAUUCAGUCUCUAAGUGUGUAUCACAAGAAACAAUACACAACUGUUAACACUGUUCACUGUUGAUUUAGAAAUAACUGAACAUUAGGCUCACUGAA